AUGUCAACAAUCUCCCCAGAAAAAGAUGCAGAGAACACUCCUCCGCUCCAGGUUAGCCUGACUGCCGAGGCCAAUCGGGCCACCGAGACAGAACACAAGAUGGGCCUUUGGCAGGGUAUCCGUACAUACCCACAUGCUGUUGGUUGGUCGGUUCUGUUUUCAUCAGCACUGAUCAUGGAAGGAUAUGACAAUGCGCUCGUUGCAAGCCUAUUUGCGUACGGGCCGUUUCAGCAGAAAUUUGGCGAUAAGUUGGCUGAUGGGACGUACCAAGUGACUGCUGCGUGGCAGUCGGGUCUUACCAAUGGAGCCCUGGUCGGCGAGCUUAUAGGUCUGCUUGUUAAUGGCAUUAUUGCCGAGCGCUUCGGUUACAAGAAGAGUAUUAUUGGGUCAUUGAUUGCGUGUGUGGCUUUUGUGUUUAUUAUUUUCUUUGCGAAAACUUUGCCUGUUCUUCUUGUUGGGGAGAUUCUGAUUGGUAUCCCUUGGGGUCUCUUUCAAACUAUUACUACGACAUAUGCGUCUGAGGUUUGUCCGGUGGUUCUGCGGCCGUACCUGACGACUUAUGUUAAUCUGUGCUGGGUGAUUGGACAAAUCAUUGCCUCGGGUGUUCUCAAAGCAAUGGAGAGCCGCACCGAUCCCUGGGGCUACAAGAUACCUUUCGCGCUACAAUGGAUGUGGCCCGUCCCAAUUAUGAUCGGUGUAGCCUUCGCUCCCGAGUCUCCAUGGUGGCUAGUCCGCAGGGGACGCAUCGACGAAGCCCGCCACGCCCUGGAACGCCUAACAGUACCUGGACAAGAUCCGGACUUCAACGUCGACGAGACCAUCGCCAUGAUACGCAGCACAAAUGAACUUGAGAAGGAGAUUUCUGCGGGAACUUCCUACCUCGACUGUUUCAAAGGCAUCGAUCUUCGACGCACAGAGGCUGUGUGUCUAACCUGGAUGGCACAACAGGUAUCCGGGUCCGCUUUCAUGGGGUACUCGACUUAUUUCUACGAACAGGCCGGUCUGGCCACCAGCAACGCGUUCACACUGAGCAUGGUACAGUAUAUCAUCGGUGCUAUUGGCACAAUUCUAUCCUGGGUACUGAUGAGCAAAUUUGGACGCCGUACACUCUACGCAUAUGGACUUGGAGCACAGAUGACGGUGUGUUUCAUCAUCGGAUGUCUGGGCAUCAUUCACAAGGGAAAUGUGGCAGCACAGUGGGCGAUCGGCAGCCUCUUACUCGUUUACACAUUCUGUUACGAUGCGAGCGUUGGACCCGUUUGUUAUUCGCUUGUUUCCGAGCUGAGCUCUACGCGCUUGAGAGCGAAGUCGAUCGUUCUGGCGCGCAUCUCCUAUAAUGUUAGCGGGGUCAUUGUCAAUAUUAUUACCCCGCGUAUGCUCAAUCCUUCGGCUUGGGACUGGGGUGCGAAGUCAGGGUUCUUCUGGGCGGGUACUUCUUUGCUUUGUCUUGUGUGGGUAUUUUUCCGUCUGCCAGAGCCGAAGGGUCGCACAUAUGCUGAGUUGGAUCUGCUAUUUGAGCGUGGUGUUUCGGCACGGAAUUUCAGUUCGGCAUAUGUGGAUCCGUUUUCUGUGCAUGAGAAGGAACAUGGGGAAGAAAAGAGGAUUAACCAGGCUUCUGUGGAGAUAGUGGAGCACCUUUAG